AGUCAUUGUACUGCACUGGAAAAAAGCUACUGCUUUUCGUUUCAAGCCAAAGGCACAGAAGUGUCUAGUCUCGGUGUCUCAAUCGAGCUGACUUCAAACUGCUUCUUCUGUGUUUUUUCCGGGAAUCGGAAACUCGAAUGCCUCCAAAACCUUGAUUUUGAAUGCGCCAACAGUUCCAUCUAAUUAUGUGAAACCCUAAAAAAUUGGAGCUCUCGAGGAAGUGUUUGGACUCUUCCUGCAGCUUUUCUAGGGCUUAUCGAAGAGAAUCGUUUCGAUUUCUUACUUUUGAAGAUUAAGGUCUAGGGUUUCCGUUUUGUUUGGGGGAUUGUUUUUUUUUGGAUUUGAAAGAUGGGGAGCAGGAGAGAGGAGGAGCGAAACGAGAAAAUCAUACGAGGUCUCAUGAAGCUGCCCCCGAACCGGAGGUGUAUCAACUGCAAUAGCUUGGGUCCACAGUAUGUAUGUACGAAUUUUUGGACGUUCAUUUGUACGACCUGCAGUGGGAUACAUCGGGAGUUUACUCAUCGUGUCAAGUCUGUAUCUAUGGCUAAAUUUACUUCCCAAGAAGUUGAAGCACUUCAAAAUGGUGGUAACCAGUGUGCAAGGGAAUUAUAUAUGAAGGAUUGGGAUUUUCAAAGGCAGAGAUUUCCUGAUAGCAGUAAUGCUGAUAAAGUGCGAGAGUUCAUAAAGCAUGUAUAUGUGGACAAAAAAUAUGCUGGAUCAAAGACAUCAGACAAGCCUCCUAGAGAUUUGCAGGGCCUCAGAAAUCGUGAAGAUGAGACAAGACGUGCAAGUUCUUACCAUUCUUAUUCUCAGAGUCCACCGUAUGACUAUCAGUAUGAAGAUCGACGCUAUGGAAGACAUGCUGCCUCGCUUACCAGAAAGCCUGGUUCAGAUAAAGGUCUUUAUGUUGGAAAAGCCUCCAGUUUUGUCUCAAGUCCUGGUGGUGUAAGUGAACAAAUGUACGAGGACAGAUUUGCAAAUGACGACUCAGUUUCUAGGUUUUCAGACUACUCAGUCUCUAGUGGAGGUGAUCCUGUUAGAACUGGUGCUCAGUCUCCUUUUCAGAAGGACAGUGGAUUUAGCAGUCCACCAGUUCAGUCUUCAAGGGUUAUCUUAAACGAACACGUACAAAGUCAAGCAGCAAAUUUUUCUCCUGAUGCAAACUUUAGGAGAGAUGCAGAAAGAAUUCCAUGCCCACAGAGAGCAAAAUCAUCAGGAAGUUUUGGCUCAUUUGAUAGCAGUUCUAUUUCGCUAAAGUCAUAUAAUUCUGGUAGUUUGCUGGAUGUGGUCUUGGAACCUGAACACGCUUCUGGAGCUAAGCAGGGUGGAAUAUCUGCUCACACAGAGUCAUUUGCUCCUGUGGGUUAUGAUGGCUCAGAGCUUUCUAAGGUGUCUGUUGCUCCAGAAGAAGAGUCUUCUGCAGCUGUACCUCUUGACUUGUUUCAAUCACCUGCUGCAACUUUGGCUCCUGUAGAUUUGUUUCAACAAUCUUUGGCAACUCCAGCUCUGUCAGCGAAUUCAUAUCAUGUUUCCCAAUUUACUCAACCAUCAUCGCUUGACAUUUUUGCCACAAAUGUCCUCCAGCAGUCUGCUACAGUCGGAAAUGAAAAACCAAUGGUGUUAUCAGUCCCAAAAAAUGAAGGAUGGGCUAGUUUUGACACUCCACCUGCUGCAUCCAAAACAGGGGCUGCAAUUGCGACGGCUGCAGUGAUCCCGGUCAAUGGGGUUUCCUUUGUAGAUUUUGACCAGCGCUCUUCUGCGAAUUCAUGCGUCCAGUGGCCAUCAUUUCCUAAUACACAGGAGUCUUCGUUGAUGCCUGAUCCAUGGCAUGUUGGUGUGCACAAUAUUCAAACCCCCACAAAUACAAUGCCGACUCAGGCAUGGAGUGCCUUUGACAGUUCAGUUACUUUGAACGGCAAGCACAGUAAUGAACUACAAGUAGCACCACAGGAUCCUUCAUUUACUUUGGAUCAGUACUCUGGACUGAGAGUUUCAGAGGUUUCUACUUCGGAGUUUCAGAAUUCCCAUUCCGAUGUAGCUUGUCCGUCCAGUCUAGCCUCACAAGUCACAGGGCUAUCAUAUAUUCCAGCAAUGCCGCCUCUAAUGAUGGGGACAGUGCCAAAUGCAACUGAUUAUAAAUCAACUAACCCGUUUGAUCUUCCAUAUGAUUCUGAUUUGGAGCAGACAAAUAUGUUCUUGGAUAUGAGCUCUUUGCAAGCCACACUGCCAAAUUCUGCAUCGUCAUCCACAUAUCUCGGUGGAGUCACCCCAUCUUGGUUUCCUCAGGAGUCUGUGGCAGCUUAUAUCCCAGCUGCAACACAAGGUGGCUUAGCAUACAUGGCAGGCCAAGCAACAAGUUCUCAAUUACCGAAUGUUGCUCAGACACAGGGAUCUGUUGCUUCUGUAGGAAGAAAUCCAUUUGCUUAGGGUUUCUGUCGGCUGAAGUAGCAUCCUCAUCUUCAGUCAGUAGUAUAAGGUCUCCAGUAAUUGUAGCUAUCUAUUUAUACACUAGAAAUACUUUUAUCCCUAUUCCCCCUUUUUUCUUUUUUUACUAAGUUCUAUUUGUAUUCAAAAAAAAAAAUGAUGUUUCACAAGGCUUUGAAGGCUACGAAAUUGACUUUGUUUAGUGUCCUGGCCUUGUAUUUGUAUCAAAUACGUUAGUGUUUUUGUUGCUAGAAUUAUGUGUGGAUGCUGCUACACAAAUUGGGCUUUG